AUGGGGAGACUGCACCGCAUCGAGCUCGAAAACUUCAAGUCCUACAAGGGUCAUCAGACCAUCGGUCCCUUCCUCGACUUUACCUGCGUUAUCGGUCCCAACGGUGCAGGAAAAUCAAACUUGAUGGAUGCUAUCUCGUUCGUUUUGGGAGUAAAGUCAAGUCAGCUACGAUCGAGCCAGCUCAGAGAACUUAUCUAUCGGGACCGCUCAGACGACAAUGAGGACAACGUCAGACCUGGAGCCAGCAAGAAUGCCAGAGCUGCCUCGUCUAACGAAGCGGACCCCAGGAAGACCUGGGUUAUGGCAGUGUAUCAAAAGAAUGAUGGCACCGAAGUCAAGUUUACCCGCAGUGUGAAUAUGGCCGGUAUCAGCGAGUAUAAGAUCAAUGGAAAAGUUAUGUUGUAUGCCGACUAUGACAAGCGACUUCAGGAAAUCAACAUUCUUGUCAAAGCAAGGAACUUUCUGGUCUUUCAGGGUGAUGUGGAGGCGAUCGCUUCUCAGUCCCCAAAGGAUUUGACAAAGCUUAUCGAGCAAAUAAGUGGAUCGUUGGAGUUGAAGCAGGAAUAUGAGCGUCUUCAGGAGGAGCAGGAGCGUGCUGUCGAGAACUCGACCUUCAACUUUCACAAGAAAAAGACCAUCAACGCCGAGAUCAAGCAGUACCAGGAACAGAAGGCUGAAGCCGAGCGCUUCGAAACUUUGGAGGAGGAGAAGGCCAACCUGUUGAUCAACUACUUGGUGUGGAAACUGUUCCACAUUGAGAGAAACAUUACUACAACCGAGAACGCUAUCGAUGCCAAGGCGCAGACCGUCAGGACCACUCAGGUGGAGUUAAACAAUUUGGAGGAUGAGCUGGCAUCCGCGAAGAAGAACCAGGCUGUGACGCAGAGGGAGACAUAUCGCAAGGAACGUUCGAUCGCCAAACGCGAGAAAGCUCUCGCUGAUCUUCAUCCUGAGGCACUGAGUUUGGACGAGAAGAUUGCUCAUGUUGCAAAAAAGAUCAAGUCUAUUCAGGCGAACGGGACAAUCGUCAAGGACACAUACGAGACCCAGCUCAAGAGUGUUUCACAGCAGCAGGCGGAUCUCACCCAGCUCGAAAAGGCCGCCACCAAGUUCGAGAAGGAGGCCAAAAUCCAGGAGGAAGCUCGCGGAGUGACUCUGAACCAAGAGGAUAUGGCCACCUACAGCUCCAAAAAGGAGGAAGUCGCCUUGCGGACGGUUACUCAGACCCAGCAGCUCGGUCAGUUGAAGAGAGUCAUCAAGAGUGAGCGUGAGGAGAACAGCCGAUUGAAGGCGGCGGUCUCAGAGUUGGAGGCGAAGAAGGACCGACUCUCGGAGCAGGAGCAAAACUUGCUGAGCCACCAGAACAAUGUCGAGUCACACAUUGCAAAGGUCCUGCAGGACCAGGCUAAAGCACAGCAUGAGCUCACCAACCUCACCAACGAACGCAGCAGGAUCGUAAAGACCGAGACCGAACUGAAUGAGAAGCUAACCAACAUCCUCAAUCAACUCAUGGAGGCAAAGCUGGAUCAACGCGAGUCCGAGAAGGAGCAAAAGCUGAAGGAGACCUUGUCGUCGCUUAAGCGCAUCUUCCCUGGUGUCCGUGGCAGAGUGUCGGAUCUGUGCAAGCCCACUCAGAGAAAGUAUGACACGGCUAUCUCUGUUAUCCUUGGCCGCCACUUGGAUGCUAUCAUCGUCGAUCGGGAAAAGACUGCUAUAGAGUGCAUUCAGCUCUUGAGAGAGCAGCGUUCUGGACAUGCGACAUUCCUUCCCCUGGAUACCCUUGUCGUGAAGCCCGUUAACGACCGUCUUCGUAGUUUGUCCAAGGGAGCCCGUCUGGCGAUUGACGUUGUUCAGUACGACGAGACGCUCGAGCGUGCUAUCCAGUACGUGUGUGGUAAUGCCUUGGUCUGCGACACGAUGGAGGUUGCCAAGCAUGUCUGCUAUGGACUCGGCCAGCAAGUCAAGGCUGUUGCUCUGGAUGGCACCGUUUUCCACAAAAGCGGUCUGAUUACAGGAGGACAGGGAGGCGUUGGGUCCAGUACCAAGCGGUGGGAGGAGCGCGUUGUCGAUGAGCUGAAGAAGCGUCGCGACGUCCUUUUGGUCCAGUUGAACGAGUUGUCCAAGACCAAGAAGCGCGGAGUUCCAGAGGAGAGUUUGAGAUCUGAGCUGGCUGGCAUUGAGAGCAAACUGUCCUAUUCUCGUGAGGACCUGAGCGCGACUAAGAGAAAGUUGAACGGCGUUCGGGAGGAGCUCCGAUUGAUUGAGGCCGAGCUGGUGGAGAAGAGCCCCAAGGCUGACGAGUCAUCAAAGGCAUUGGCUGCUCAAGAGGCCGAAAUUUCCAGGAUCGAGGCGACCGUUUCCCAGAUUGAGGAUGAGGUCUUUGCAUCCCUUUGCAGGAAGGUUGGUGUGUCCAACAUUCGCGAGUAUGAGGAGCAAAAGCUGAAGCGGUCUCAGGAGCUCUUGGAGAAACGAGCCAAGUUUGAGACUUUGCUGUCUAAGAUGCGCAACCAGCUGUCGUUCGACACCACCCAGAUGAACGAGACCAAGGAGCGCCUUUCACGAUUGGAGACCAUGCUGGCAACUGAGAUGGCGACAUUGGACGAGUAUGGUAGCAAGCGCGACGAGAUUCAGAUCAAACAGACGGGUAUUCGUGAAAAAGUUGAGGAGUUGAAGGAGGAUCUCGCAUCUGACCAGGAGACACUUCAGGCUCGAUCAGAUGAGGUGAACCAGAUCAAGAAGUCGGUUGCACGUGUCCAAAAGCAGAUCGAUGCCCUGCUCAAAGACAUUGGUGUCAAGGAAUCCUUGGUGGAAAAGCUGGAUUCGGAGCGUUCGUCCAUCUUUAGACGGUGUAGACUGGAGCAAAUUGAGCUGCCAAUGGAGAAGGGAUCUCUGGAUGAUGUGUCGUUGGAUGACGUCGAGGGACUGCGUCCUUCUGUGGCGAACGAGGACGAUAUGGAUGUAGACACCGACAGCGGGCUCCCCACCAGUUCUUCCCACAGCCGCCGUAGCCAAGAGUGGAAAAUCAAGGUCGACUUUACGGAUCUUGAUGAGGAACAGCGACAGGCGUUGCCUAGCUCAUCGUCAUCACACAGCCAAGGCACAGGAACAGCUGGUUUGGACCUUCACCGCCUCUCGCUUUCACAAUCCCAGUCCGGAUCUCAGCAUCCUCCCAGCAACAGUCAGAUUGGAUCAUCGUCGCAGACCGAGCAUCAGCUUCACCCUCAGGCUGAGGCCGGCACUAUGGAGCAGAUGGAGAACGAGUUCUUGGAUCGCUUGAGACAACUGGGUGAGGAGAUUGACCGGUUGGCACCCAAUAUGAAGGCGAUUGAGCGAUUGGACGGAGUUGAGGCACGUUUGAAGCAGACGGAUAAGGAGUUCAACGUGGCUCGUAAGAGUGCCAGGACGAUCAAGGAGCAGUUUGGAGCGGUGAAGCAGGAGCGUUAUGACCGUUUCCAGAAGGCGUUUGCACACAUCUCUGAGAAGAUUGACGAAAUCUACAAGUCUUUGACGAGGUCAACUGCGUUUCCUAUGGGUGGCACGGCGUACUUGUCGUUGGAGGACACGGAAGAGCCCUAUUUAGAUGGCAUCCGGUAUCAUGCUAUGCCACCACUGAAGCGGUUCCGGGAUAUGGAUCAGUUGUCUGGAGGAGAGAAGACGAUGGCGGCGUUGGCGUUGCUGUUUGCGAUCCAUUCGUUCCGUCCUUCACCGUUUUUUGUGUUGGAUGAGGUGGAUGCGGCGCUGGACAACAUGAAUGUUGCACGUAUUGGCCAGUACUUGCAGGACCACGCGUCGGCAGAUCUGCAGUUUAUUGUGAUCUCACUGAAGAGUUCACUGUAUGAGCGUGGACAGGGUCUUGUGGGCAUCUACCGCGACCAGGGCGUCAACAGCAGUAGGACGCUGACCCUUGCCCUUGACCAAUUCGAAGAGUAA